UUUUUUCGAUGUAUAUAAAAUGGAGAGUGAGGCAUUUAUGGUGAUAUGCAGCAGAUGUGAAGAGUGGAAGUCAUGAACAACACGGAGAGACUACUUUACGGUGCGGCAGUUGAAGGGAAUGUACCUUCCAUGCUGAGGUUGCUUGAAGAAGAUAGACUUGCUCUUCACAGAGUUGUUUCCGGCUGUUUCAAGGAGACACCUCUGCAUGUUGCUGCCAUGCUUGGGCAUGUGGAGUUUGUAAAGGAGAUCUUAACCCGGAACCCAGAAAUGGCCAGAGAGUUGGAUUCACGAAGAUCAUCUCCUCUUCAUCUGGCUGCUGCAAAGGGUCAUAUCGAGGUGGUUAAAUUGCUGCUAUUGACCAAUCCUGAGAUAUCCCUCUCUCAGGACUGGGAAGGGAGGAGCCCAGCUCACCUAGCAGUGAUCAAAGGCCACAUUCAGGUCAUCAAGAAGCUUGUUCAGGUGAAACCUGAAGCAGCUCGGGUGAAGAUCAGAAGUGAAAGCAUGCUGCAUCUUUGCGUUAGGCACUACCAGGAUGAAGCUCUACAGUGGUUGGUGGAGAUGAUGGGGGAUGAUCACGAGUUUAUGAAUUCGAAAGAUGACCAUGGCUCCACCGUCUUGCAUCUUGCUGCUGCAUAUCGACAAGUUGAGAUUGUAAAGCUACUGCUGACAGAGUCUCGGGUUGAACUAAAUGCGGUGAACCAUCAUGGGUUCACUGCACUAGACACGGCCCUGGCACAAGGCUGCGGAACUGGGGAAGAUGUAAAGAUUCAAGAGUUGCUCAAAGGAGGUGGAGCUGUACAAGCAACACAAAUCGCUUUAUCACGUAGGGUUGGUUCCAUCAUAGUAAAGUCGAGUGAUGAGCCUCCUGAAGAAAACAGCCGACGAAGGAGGAAGAAGACCAGGAAAAAGGACUGGCUCGAACAGAAAAGGGCUGCGAUAAUGGUGGUGGCAUCACUCAUCGCUAGCAUUGCAUUUCAAGCAGUGCUCGAUCCGCCCAUCAUGAAUAUGCAGAAAGGAGAAACAAUUCCCAAGGCUACCUUUUAUUUUUUACUUUUGAAUGGUGCAAGUUUCAAUGCGUCUAUCUUCGUUAUCCUGCUGAUGAUCAGUGGCUUACCAUGGAUGGGGACGCUCUUCAUGUGGCUUCUCAUGGUCCUCAUGUGGAUAGCACUUAUAACCAUUCUGUUGGCUUAUAGAUGUGCAGAACAUAUAACGCUUCAACCCAUUGGUAUCCGAGAAAACCACAUUACUACCGGCUAUUUGUGGCAUAUCUCAAUUUCCAUUCUUCUUAUUGGGCACAUUGUCCGACUUGCGCAGAAGAUCAGAAGAUGGAUCAAGAGGCGGAAGAGUGACUCCAGUCCAAGCCGAGAUCCAGAUAUUCUAAUAUAGCCCGAAGAGAUUGCCUGGAGAUAUAUACAUGUCCAAGUCUCACAUGUCAGUUUUCUUUACUAUGUACUUCUGUUACUGUAUUCUAAGAAUCCGAGUCUGGAAAAUGUUCUAGAUGAUCAAUCUAACUAAUCCGCUUACCCGAGCAUUGGACGGGGCUUUUAUAUUUAGAAAUUUUAAUUAAUAUUUUAUGUAAUAUAAAUUAGAAAUAUAAUAAAUUGAUUUGUAUAUCAUUGUUUGAUGAGACAAUUUAGAUUUCUAAGGA